CUGCCUCACUUGUACACUCGUCGCAGAAGCAAUGGCGGAUUCUCCAGAAGUUGAACAAAAUGUUCAAAGCCCUUCUGUAAACGUAGAAGCAUUAGAUGAGAACUAUAAUAAUCUCAAAGCUCUAGCCAAAACAGCUGUCAUAGAAUUUGAUGACCUGAAGCUGAAAUGCAAAGAAUAUUUCAACAAGUACAAAACGGAGCAUCAACGAUACCUCAAGGCAAAAGCAGACUUAGAUCAGCUUAAAAAUGUAUCAAGCUAUGCAUUGCAUGAAUUUGAAAAUCUACAAAGACAGUUCCAUGUUGAGAAAGAAUGUCGYGAUAAAGCUGUAGAAAUUGCUGCCAAGACUGUUGAAAAGAACAAUCAACUCAAACGACAAAGUCAAAUGAUUUUGACUCAGAUUGAAGGCCUGAAUGGAGAAGGAAUAGAUUUGAAUGCACUUCAAGCCCUUGGUAAUGUUUCCRAUGAAUCAGAGUCUGACAGUGCUAUUAUUCAGUUACAAGAUGAAGUCAAAGAACUCAAGGAGAAAGUGGAAACAUUUAAAAGGGAAUUAAAAAUUGCUCAAAGAGAACUYCUUAUCGCACAAGAGGGGUUUAACCAAGAGAAGCAAGCUCAUGCACUUACCAGGAAAAAACUUUUGUCUAGCGAUAAGAAGCUAAAGCAGCUCAAUAGAGUUUCUGUGAUGGCUUUUGAAGAGUUCAAUGUACUGCAGACAAAACUUGAAGUUGAGACUCAGUGUAGAGCUGAAGCAGAAAAAUUAGCUGCCGAGGCAAAGAGAGCCGAUGAAGAUGUGAAAAGGAAAAGUCUGAUAUUGAAGGAGACAGCCAGUCAGGAYGAAAGACUAGCAAAAGCUUUUGAAGAAAUAUCAAAACUCAACAAGCAGCUAGAGGAGGAACGGCUUGCCAAAGAUGAAAAGAUUAAAGAGCUGACAGAGGAGUUGGUAUCAUCAGCAGAUGGAGAAUAUUUAAAGGGAAUGAAGGACAAACUAGAUGUUGCCAAUGAAGAAGUAGAAAACCUAGAAAAUCAAGUGACUGAGGCACAAAAAAGAGCUACAGAAGCUGAAGAAAAAAUSAAAAGUCUAGAAAAGAAACUUGAGGAUCUCAAAAAGGCAUCACUUCCACCACCACCCCCUCCCCCACCRGCAGCACCUCCCCCACCYCCUCCUCCCCCWCCAACUACUGUUGUCAAGAAAUUCAUGAACAUUAUGGGAAAGAAAAAGAAAGGUGAUAGCUUGAAAGGAGGUCAAAAGAAGCCUGAUGACCCUCUAGCCAAUGCAAUGAAAGAGAUGAUGGACCGAAUAAACACUGGCAAAGUCCAGCUCAAGCCAGUGGGAGAGAGAAAGAGAAGUUCUGCUAGUAGUGAAGAGAGUGGGUCUGCUAUGAAUGAACUAGGAAGUUUACUGACAACACUGAGAAAGAGUUCAAGCACUGACAAUCUUGACAAAUCACCAACCAAAACAGAAGAAACAUGCGAAUGGAGUAAUGUCAAGCUGCGCAAGCGGGGAUCAGACCAAGGAGGAAUGGGAAGGAAAGUUUCUGCAGAUAGCAUUCCUGAAAGUUCUGUUUUCAACAUUUCUCCAUUACGAAAACCACGGAGCUACUCUGCAAAUGACAUCCUUGAUGAGAGACCUCAAGUUAAAGAUGAAGCAACAUCUGAAUUGAGAAAGAUUUUGGACAGGAAGAAAGCUCAGGCAGAAAGAGAUUUAGAAGUCAAAGAAACCCCAAAUGAAACAGAAAACAAAGAAAACUCCAGUGGAAACACAGCGGAAAACACUAUUGRAAGUCAAGCAGCAGCUAUCAAUUCAGAGGAAGAUAGCUAGUCUAAGAAAGCCGAUUUAUAAUUUUACCAGAGGUCAAAUCCUCAUAUAUUUUUUUCAUUUUAUAAACCAAUUAUUUUUAGCAGGUAAAUGUCAAACAGAAAUAACAUUGUCCAGGAAUGACAAAAAAGGUAAUAUUUUUUUAUAUUAUUUCAGUAGACAUUUUUUUUUUUAAUUUUAAAAGCACAAAUAGUUUUUAAGGAAGCAUGUAUGCUUGGCUGACAACUGAACACAAAGAAGUGAAUGAAGAUAGAAGCAGAAAAGUAAAUAGAACAAAAAAUUACACCCCUCAAUAUCAAACCUAAAAGAACUAAUUAACAUGUUUAAUGUUCUGAUUAAACCAAGGUCCAGUAAAACUCUCCAGAAAUGAAAUGUUUCAGACAAGAUAAAAAGCAUUUUUUUUGUAUAUAUAUUGCACAAUUUACUAUUUUUUUGGUGAGCGGUUUGAAUAAUUAUUUAAUCACAUGUUGUAAAUUUUCAUCAACAGAAUAUAAUUUAUUUUUAUAAUAAUUAUUUUAAAUAAACAUUUGUGGMAUUAUAAAUUAGAAUAAAAUAAUUGUGAAAGCCAAUUCGCUUUGUUAAAGAGCUCACAAAUAGUUGUGUUUUCAUUGUUCACAGUAAAUACCAAAGUGAAUAUUGUUUUUUUUUUCAUUCUUUUAAAGUAAUUUCUCAAACACACAUUCCUGAAAUAAUACUCCCUUUUCAAAUUCAAAAGUGAAUAGCCCCUGUUUUAUUUGACAGCAGAUUCUGUUACACAAAGAACUUUAAAAACCAAACACAAAAGAAAGCACAAGAAAAUGUUGUAAGUACAAUAGAGCUAAUAAUUUACAUUUUCCUGAGUUGAGAG